UUGAAAUGACGUCUCUGUCCAUCCUCCCUCUCUCUUUUCCUCCCUCCCUCGCUCCGUCUCUCUCUCUCUCCUCUCUCUCUCUGCUGUAUCAUUUAAUCAAGGCAUACAGUAGCUUGCCCUUUCCUGUUCAUUGCUGCCUCCCUCCCUCCUUCGCCAAUGCUCCGGCCGCUCCCCUCCCCUGUUUGUUUGUCGUCGCUUGUUUCUUUCCUUCCCUUCCUGCCUCGUGGUCCUCAUCAGCACCCUCCUCCUCUUCCUCCUCCUACGCCUUCAGCUCCACACAAUUUUGCUGGUAGUGCUACAUUUCUUUUAUGCAAACCAUUGUGUGUUUCCAUCUUUUUUUCCAGCCAAGCAGAGGAGGAUGUGGAGGGAACGGAUGGAAAAGAGGCUAAAGUAAGAGGAGGGAGUGGAACUCGGAAGUGAGGAGGAGUCAUCAUCUGAUGCUGUUUUUUUUUUUUUGUUUUGUUUUUUGCUGGAUGAGGGCGGCACGGUGCCCGCUGGCCUGGAAUGCAGACUACAUUUUUGUAAGCUCCACCUUUUUGUCUUGGACGUUUCAAGGACGCUGAGCAGCUAAGUCACUUCUUGGGAUAAGCGUGCGCUGCAGUGACUGCCUCCAGCAUGUUGACGUGAAUGGUACAGCGACGCAGGGUGGGCCUGGCACUGGUACCCCCCCCCCCCCAAGCCCCCUCCUCCUCCUUCUCCUCCUCUCCCCACCAUGCCCCACUGAUGUCCUCACAGUAGUUUUUUUUUUUUUUUCAUGGACAUUCAACCCUGCUAUCUCACCCCAGUCAAACUUCAGCUGCUACUUUUCCUGGGAAGAGCAAAUAAACCACAGCAACCGAAAAGGACCGACUCGGAAAUCUUCCGCUGGACGUAUCCCACACGUGCAUCACCAUUAGUCACCCUGACGACAGUUUUCCAGCCGUUGCUGUUAUUGCUCCAGUGCUUCUACUCAGUCAUGGCGGUCAGCAUGAGCAUGGGAAGAGACACCAAAUGGCUGACCCUGGAAGUGUGCCGCGAGUUCCAAAGAGGUACCUGCUCACGCUCGGAUGCCGACUGCAAGUUUGCGCACCCCUCGCGCAGCUGCCAUGUGGACAACGGCAGAGUCAUCGCCUGCUUCGACUCCCUUAAGGGCCGCUGUGCACGAGAGAACUGCAAAUACCUGCACCCUCCUCCGCACCUCAAAACCCAGCUGGAGAUUAACGGCAGGAACAACCUGAUCCAGCAGAAGGCCGCUGCCGCCAUGUUGGCUCAACAGAUGCAGUUCAUGCUGCCCGGAGCGCAGCUGCAGCCCAUCACAACAUUCCCCAUGACGCCCUCCCUUGCAACCAGUCCCAGUAUGCCGUUCAGUCCAUACCUGAGUCACAUGGGCCCGGGCAUGGGCUUAAUGCCUGACCUGCUCCCCAGUACUCCCUUACUAGUCCCUGGAAGUCCCACCGGCCUGACAGCCACAGGCAACGGCACGACCACGCCAAAGCACGCACGCACAGACAAGCUGGAGGUUUGUCGGGAAUUCCAGCGUGGGAAUUGCACGCGCGGGGAGAGCGACUGUCGCUACGCGCACCCUGUGGAGGCCGGCAUGGUAGACUGCAACGAGAACUCAGUGAUCGUUUGUAUGGACUACGUGAAGGGGCGCUGCGGCCGGGACAAGUGCAAGUACUUCCACCCUCCUACCCACCUGCAGGCCAGGAUCAAAGCUGGACACAACACAGCUUCUGCGGCCUUGGGUCAUUCCGCGGCGGGCGUGCAGUUGCUGCCAAAGAGGCAGAUGUUGGAGAAGAGCAACGGCAGCCUCGUCUUCAACCCCAACGUGUUCCACUACCAGCAGGCCCUGGCCAGCAUGCAGCUACAACAGCCUGCCUUCAUCUCCACUGUAGACCCUUCUGAGCUGGUGACUUCCGAUCCGUUGGCGCUCCCGUGUGUCCCCAUGGACAUGGAGGCUCACCUGUGUCCCGUGCCCAAACUGCUGAUGGUGGCUCCCGUGGCCCUCGAUUCACAGGUUACACACAUACUAAUAAUCAGCCCGAGUGCCCCCUUCCGCCUGAUGCUGGGAUGUCUCUAAAAGAUUAUCCUGAGGGAUUAUUCUGCGGUGCAAGGUGUGUUAAGAAUGAUUUUUACUCCCCGGUCUUUUGGAAAAUGGUUGUGGUCAAC